UUUUUAAGCUUCCCUUCUAUAAGUAAGCUUUUUCUUAGAGUUGAAGGGAGAAUAUGAUGAGGCAGAUCAAGUGAUCAAGUCACAAUAGAAAUGGAUGCUCAAAAGAGUCCAUGGUCAGGGGAUCGAAUGAUGCGAAUCAUUAUUCAAGAUGACACUUAUAGAGACGUGAUUAAUUGGAAGUCAUUACCAAAAUCUUUUCUGCCGAGUACUUUAGAUAUCGCUAAAGAAGAUAUGUGUUCAGAAUCAAAAGUUUUUCUCCUAAUGGUUGAACCAGAUGACAGUAUAGCUGCAGUUAAAGCAUACAUUCAAGAGAAAAAGGGGAUCUCUUUUAAAAAACAAAAGUUGUUGAAUGAAGAUGGGGGAGUUAUGAGAGAUGUGCAGACUCUUGCGUCUGCGGGAAUCAAUAAAGGAUCUACUUUAAUCCUUCGAUAUGCACCAAUAACACAAAUCUAUGUGAUAACGUUUACAAAUCGCAGGUUUAAGUUAAUGGUUGAGAGUGAUGACACGAUUGCAGAUGUAAAGGCUGCAAUUCAGGAAAAAGAGGGUAUCCGAUUUCAUAAACAGAGAAUAAUUUAUAAUGGACGACAACUCGAAGAUGAUAGGUCUCUCGUCGACUACGGAAUUCGGUAUGGAAGUGAGCUGCAACUUGUAUUGAGGUUGUGCGGUUGUUGAAUAUUAGCUAGUAAAGGAUAUGGUUGCUUUCUAAUCUAUUUGCAAAUUCAGUUGUUAUCAUCGUUGCUUUAGUGUUCCCUUGGUUUACACUAUGAUCCAUUUUAAAUGGUCUUAUAUGCCCUUUCGAUCGCCUCUAUUA